AUGGCUGCCGAAGCUCCCAAGAACGAUAAAGUGGUGUUCGACCCUGCCGCUCAGUCGAGGAAAUCCACGCGUGCGGGAGAGCACAUUCAGAAGGUGAAGGACGUUCCCGACUUCGCUCCUCCGGACAUUUACGUCGCCAAGCUCGAGCCCAAGGAGGUUCUCCACAACCUGUCCGUCGCUGAGCUGUACGAGCAAGCCAUCGCCCAUGAGGAGGGCAACUUCAUCGUCUCCACCGGCGCGCUCUGCGCCAUCUCCGGCCAGAAGACCGGCCGCUCCCCCAAGGACAAGCGCGUCGUGAAGGAGAGGGACCACGCUGACGACAUCUGGUGGGGCGAAGGCUCACCCAACUACGAGAUGGACGAGUACACGUUCAUGGUGAACCGCGAGCGCGCCAUCGACUACCUGAACACGAUCGGCAAGGUGUACGUGCAGGACAUGUUCCUCAGCUGGGACCCCAAGCUGCGCAUCAAGGUCCGCAUCGUGUGCGCGCGCGCCUACCACGCGCUCUUCAUGCACAACAUGUGCAUCCGUCCCACGGAGGAGGAGCUCAAAGACUUCGGCGAGCCGGCCUUCACCAUCUACAACGCGGGCCACUUCCCCGUGAACCGCCUCUCCAAGUACAUGUCGUCCGGCACGUCGGUCGACAUCGAUCUCAACCGCAACGAGAUGGUCAUCCUCGGUACCGAGUACGCCGGCGAGAUGAAGAAGGGGCUCUUCUCGCUCAUGAACUACCUCAUGCCCAAGCAGGGCGUGCUGUCUCUCCACUCUGGUGCUAACAUGGCCAAGGAUGGCCAGGUCUCGCUCUUCUUCGGGCUGUCUGGCACCGGCAAGACGACCCUCUCCACCGAUCCCAACCGGUUCCUGAUCGGUGAUGACGAGCACACGUGGGGCGAUGAUGGAGUGGCGAACAUCGAGGGCGGGUGCUACGCCAAGUGCAUCAACCUGAGCAAGGAGAACGAGCCGGAUAUCUACAACGCGAUCCGGUUCGGAUCGGUUGUGGAGAACGUGGUGUUCGACCCGCACACGCGCGUCGUGGAUUAUAACGACGGCAGCAUCACGGAGAACACGCGCGUGUCGUACCCCAUCGAGUACAUCGCCAACGCAAAGAUCCCGUGCGUUGCCGGCCAUGCGACGAACGUGAUUCUCCUCACGUGCGACGCGUUCGGCGUGCUGCCGCCCGUCAGCCGGUUGACGCUCGAGCAGGCCAUGUACCACUUCAUCUCCGGAUACACCGCUAAGGUGGCCGGCACUGAGAUGGGCGUGACUGAGCCCGAGGCCACGUUCUCGGCGUGCUUCGGCGCAGCCUUCAUGAUGUGGCACCCGUACAAGUACGCCACACUGCUGGCGGAGCGCAUCAAGAAGCACGGCAGCACGGCGUGGCUCGUCAACACGGGCUGGACCGGCGGCGCAUACGGCGUGGGGCACCGCAUGAGCAUCAAGCACACGCGCGCCAUCAUCGAUGCUAUCCAUGACGGCUCGCUCGUCAACGCUGAGACGGUCACCACGCCCGUGUUCAACCUGCUCGUGCCCACCACCUGCGCCAAUGUCCCCAACGAGUGCCUGCAGCCCGAGACCCUGUGGGCGGACAAGGCCAAGUACCGCGAGACGUUGGAGAAGCUGGGCAAGCUGUUCCAAAAGAACUUCGGCAAGUUCACCGAGUUCGAGAUGGGCGGCACCUCACAGCGCAUCCCCGAUGCGGUUCUCGCUGCAGGCCCCGUUCUGUAA